CAAUGAUUCAUCUUCUGAGAAUUUCAGCUGUGUCUUGCCUUUGCUUAUUUCACAAUACUGAGUGGCUUUUUAAUGACAUGAUUGCAUACACUGCAAGCACCUCCCAGAAGGUUUCUCUCUGGACUUGUGAGGAAAGGAACAGAGGUUAAAAGAAAAAGGACAAAAAACCUCCUUGGGGGAACAAUGGCGAGUUACAUCCACCAGCUCUUCAUUGUGGCUGCUGAUUUAACAUUUGCUUCGGCUGCCUCCUGUGUCCUUUACGGACUUGUCUGCGUGUGUCUUGGCAGUCUCAUCAGCUUGGCAAUCUUCCUCUGCUCCUUUGGGGCUGUAAAGAAUGUGAAGAGAGCAAUUGACCAGAUUGGGAAUGCGAUCCUGAUGAUGGUUGCUAAAAGUACCCUUGGAGGCUUGCUUUUGAAGAAACUAGACCCAGUGAGGUUUGGAGUGCAGGAAGUGUACCAUCUCCCAGAAGGAGACAAGGAUCCUGAUCCAGAGAAGGAGUGUUCUUCAAAAACCAAGGUGGCACAAUUGCCAGAGGCAGAGGAGAAAUAUCAGAAGGUGAUGCAUGCCCGGACUGAGAGCCAGCUCUCUCUGAAAGGAGUGUCUGGAGUGAUGAAGAAACCUUCAGUCAUGGUAUGCGAAAAGGAAGGAGAAACUCCAAAUGAAUAUGAAAGAAAAUCCAUGUCUCGUAAACAAAAGAAUGGCUUCCUGUCUCCUGCUCUCUUCAUUGCCCUCCUCUGGGCUCCAGUUGACAUAAUGUGCCCAUGUCUGAAAAAGAUAACUUACCAGUUUCUUGCUGCCCUACAGAAAUCUCAAGACUGACAGUCUGGUGAAAAGAUGUCAGAAGGUUAACUGCGGGGAUAGGUGAUCGAAGAUGAAAGGAAACAAUGAAGAAAAUCCUGUUGGAAAGCUUUUGGAAAUUCAGCUGUCACCACACAUGGAGCUUGGGAUGAGCUAAAUGCUGGCCUUUCAGCUCUCACACUAUAACUCACAAUUGUCUCAAUGAAUUUUCCUUCCGGCAAUGACUCAGAUCAAUACACAAGAGCAUCUAUUUCUCAAGAAGGAAGGCUUCUGGGAGGUAAUUCCUUUCUGCCUCUGCAGGCAGACAACACCUGAGGACAUCCAGGGUGCAAGUGAUGCUAAUGAUGAUGGAAGUUUCCUCUCCCACACAAUCAGCCCAUGAGGUCCACUGGUAAUGCUGCAGACAGAGGAAAACUCAGAAACACAACACAGAUCCUUUGUGCUUUUGCCAGUGGACAUUCUAUGAUAGAAAAAGAUACUUUGGGGAGUCAUUUCAGCAGGUUUCCAGGUGUAUUUUAAAAACUUGAAUGGUUUUAAAAUGGAAUGUCUGAUUACAUCCUUGUGUGUUAUAUUCGUACAUAUGCCAGCAAAUGUGCCACGGUAUUUUGACAUACAGUAUUUGCAAUGGCCUAUGGCUAAAAGCAAUAAAACAUUUCAGAUUCAAAGUUGCUGUUGGUAAUGUUCAGCCUUUCACUGAAUCAAUGGAACUGAAUAAAAAUACUGGCCUGAUUUACUAGGAAAUAUUAAUAAUUUGUAAAAUACUGUGUUUAUGUUUAACAUGGCUUUGUAUUUUUAAAAAAUAAAAACAAAAAAGCAUAUAACUUUCCUCUUCUCGCUCUACAAAUAGUUUGACUUCUAUGGAAAAAACUGUAGAGUGCUUUAUUUUAGAAAUGCUUCACACAAUUUAGGCUUUUUCAUAGACCUAACCUUUCCUCUCCUCUUUCCCCCUCCUCUUUUUUCU